AUGUCUGAAACUUCCGGAAGUGCCCCGAAUUCAGGCCUUAAAGCGACCAUCAAUAGCGUUAUCCGAAAGAAACUACAAGGAUAUGUCGGUUUUGCUAACCUUCCCAACCAGGUACAUCGUAAAUCCGUGAAGAAGGGAUUUCACUUCACGGUGAUGAUUGUUGGUGAAUCCGGUUUAGGUAAAUCAACACUCGUCAAUACUUUAUUCGGUACCACUCUCUAUCCAAACAAAGGUGAAGCUGACCCAUCAGAUGAAACACCAAAGACAGUAGAAAUCCAAUCUCUCAGCGCAGACAUUGAAGAAAAUGGUGUUAAAUUAAGGCUUACAGUUGUUGAUACUCCCGGAUUUGGUGAUUUUGUUAACAACGAAGAAAGUUGGAAACCAAUUCUCGAAAAUAUCGAAGCUCGAUUUGAUGCAUAUCUUGAGCAAGAGAAUCGCGUAAAUCGUCGUAAGAUGGUUGACAAUCGCGUUCAUGCUUGCAUUUAUUUCAUUGCCCCUACCGGGCAUUCACUUAAGCCCUUGGAUGUUGAAUUCAUGCGACGGCUACACACCAAAGUCAACCUUAUCCCUGUAAUCGCUAAAUCGGACACGUUAACUGAAGACGAAAUCAAACAAUUCAAGCAACGUAUCCUAGACGAUAUUGCUUAUCAUAAAAUUCAAAUCUAUCAAGCUCCACAAUACGAAUAUGAUGAUCAAGAAACGGUGGCAGAAAACCGUGAAAUAAUAAGCAAAAUCCCCUUUGCAAUUGUCGGUAGUGAUAAGGAAGUUGAACUUUCUGAUGGUCGUCGCGUUCGUGGACGUAAAUACCCAUGGGGUGUAAUUGAAGUUGACAAUGAAGAGCAUAACGAUUUUGUCAAGCUUCGACAAAUGCUCAUUCGAACUCAUAUGGAAGAGCUUAAAGAAUACACCAGUGAUGUGCUAUACGAGAACUAUCGUUCCGAAAAACUUGUUACUAUGGGGGUACAGCAAGACCAAACUGUCUUCAAGGAAGUAAACCCACUCGCCAAGAUGGAAGAAGAACGUCAGCUCCAUGAAGCCAAAUUACAAAAGAUGGAAGCUGAAAUGAAAAUGGUAUUCCAACAAAAAGUCCAGGAGAAGGAGGCUAAAUUGAAACAAUCCGAAGAAGAAUUAUAUGCUCGCCAUAAAGAAAUGAAGGAUGCUCUGGAAAAACAACGAUUAGAAUUAGAAGAAAAGAAAAGACGAUUAGAAUCUGGUAGACCGAUCACCCCUGAAAAAGCAAAAAAGAAAGGGUUUUCGUUUAACAAAUAG